AUGGCCUCCUCGUUGUUAGGCUGGGUCCUUGGGGACCCUUGCUCUUCAGAGAUGCGAUCUUGCUGGGCUCCCGAGCCGCCUGGGAGUGAUGACGGAGGAUAUGGUGCAGGUGCCAUUAAGUGCCUCCAGUGCUUUUCAGAUAAAGUGCUGGUCCUGGAUGAUGUCAGGUGGGUUGACAUCAUCAGCGUGCAGCCGAGGUGGAUGUGCCGAGGUCACCUACACGGUGGACUAGGGAUGAAGCCGAGCUCUGGGGUUGUGCUCAAGACAGGGAUGAGCUCCGAUGAGGGACGAGACUUGUGUUCACCUCGGAGACGCGGGGCGCCGAGAAAUGGAUUUGCACUUGACAGCAAUGGAUCAGCUGAUGAACAUGAUGAUUCUUCAACCUCAAGAAGGAAGAGGGAGAGAAAACAGUAUCAUCACCACUCUGCUGAACAAGUCCAACGACUUGAAGCGUUUUUCAAAGAAUGUCCUCAUCCAGAUGAAAACCAGCGGAGACAAUUAAGUAGAGAAAUAGGGCUUGAACCCAGACAAAUCAAGUUCUGGUUUCAAAAUAAAAGAACCCAAACAAAGAGUCACAAUGAACGAGCUGACAACAAUGCCCUUAGAGUUGAAAAUAACAGAUUCUAUUAUGAGACUCUGAGAGAAGCAUUAAGGAAUCUUCUUGAAAGGGCAUCCCAUGCAGUAUCCACUUUUUCUAGAAGAUCUGGAGUACUCGAAUCUUAUCUGUCCCGUGAAAAUAUUCUCAGGACUUCAAUGAACACAUUGUUACCUCAAAGGUUUUCUGAAGUACAAGGGAUGGAAAAAUCUGUCAUGGUUGAAACUGCUGUUAAUGCCAUGGAUGAAUUAUUAGAGCUUUUCCGAGGAAAUGAGCCCUUAUGGGUUAAGUCUCCAACUAAGGAGAGAUAUCUUAUUCAUCGCGAAACUCAUGACAAGCUAUAUCCCAAAAUAUCCCAUAUCAAUAGCUCUAGUUCUUGGAUAGAAUCAUCAAGAGAUUCAGGACUUGUGCCAAUUACUACCAGGCACUUGAUUGAUAUAUUUCAAGAUCCGGAAAAAUGGAUGGAUUUUUUUCCUACAAUUGUCACCAAAGUUAGGACAAUUGAAGUGCUUGACACAGGAAAAGAGGGGUGGUUCUCUAUUUGUGAAACAUGGAUGUUUCCUUCCGGUUGCCUUAUUCAAGACAUGCCCAAUGGAAAAGCAAAUGUGGCAUGGGUUGAACAUGUUCAAGUGGAUGAUAUAUCUCUUACUCAUCCUCUUUAUAAAGAUAUGGUUUGUGAUUCUCAAGCAUAUGGAGCCAAGAAAUGGAUUGUCACUUUGCAAAGGAUGUGCGAGAGAUUUGCAUUUUCAAUGGGACCAAGAUCUACUCCUAGACAUGAACUUGAAGGAGAUGGUCAAAAACUCCUGCCACAUGUUAGCAUGUUAGAGAAAGAUCUCCCUCAGCUAUCAGAAUGGAACAGCAAUGGGUUUCGAGUCUCGGUUCAUAAAAGUGAUACUUCUGGCCAGCCCAAUAACAUGAUUGUUUGUGUUGCUGCGUUCCUACAGCUUCCAACUACCUUUGAGAAUCUAUUUGAUUUCUUCAAAGAUGAGCAUGCAAGAGUUCAGCCCAUUAAUCAAAAGGAAAACAUGUUGAUACUUCAAGAAAGCAGAAUCGACUUGUUAGGGGCUAAUCUAAUUUAUGCUCCAGUGCUAGUUUCAGCCAUUACUUCUGCAACGAGUGGUAAAGACACCCGAGAUACAGAUGUUUUACCACCGGGCUUUAUCAUCUCAAGUGAUGGAGUUGAUGAUAGUGGAACACUACUCACUGUGGCCUUCCAAAUAAUGGUGCGACCUGACACAUUUGCUGACCGACUAGUCACAGAUUCGGUGGCCACAAUUCAUGCUCUUAUAAGCUCCACUGUACAAAAGAUUAGAGUAGCAGUUGGAUUUAGGUUUGGGUGA